UUUUCUUCACAUUCACAUCUCACUGGCAAAUGGGUUUAGCUUCUUUAGUCAACCAACCUGCCUGCUGAAGCAGGAUUCUGUUAGCUGUUUGUAUUCAUUACAUGAGCUAGCUUGGGUUUAUGCCUGGAAAGCUCAAGCAUAAUAAUUUCUGAGAAAUCAAGAAUUCCUGUCUUCCAGCAUGUCGGGCAAGAAAAUCUUGGCCUUCUUCAUCACAGCUCUGAGCUGCUUCAGGUUGCUCAGAUUUGCAGAGUCAAAGGUUCCCCAGGAAGAAGUGGACGCUCUCCGUGAAAUCACGGGUGCGAUGGGUGCAAAGUAUUGGGAUUUCGAUGCCGAUUCUGGCAAAAUUCGAAAGGUUGGGGUGACACAGGACCCGCCAAAGGGAUCUGAGAGCAGCAUUGGGUGUUCAUGCAUUGUUGGGAAUGUCACCUUCUGUCACGUCGUAAGGAUCGCUUUAAAGGGUUAUAAUCUUACCGGGAUCCUCCCACCUAUGCUAACUCGGCUUCCAUACCUUCAGGAGAUCAAUUUUACUCGCAACCUCCUCACUGGUACAAUGCCUGCAGAGUGGGCUUCACUGAAGCUGACUUCAAUUGUUCUUCUCGUGAACCGGUUAUCAGGAAAAAUACUGAAAACUUUAGGGGACAUCACCUCUCUCACAUAUCUCUCUCUUGAAGCAAACCAAUUUUCUGGCACUGUUCCUCCUGAGCUCGGGAAUUUAGUCAAUUUGCAGACUUUGAUAUUGUCCUCCAAUAACUUGACAGGAAACUUGCCAACCACAUUUUCAGGGCUGAGUAAUCUGACUGACUUUCGAAUUAAUGAUAACAACUUCAAUGGCACGAUACCCGACUUCAUCUCGAACUGGAAGCAGUUGUCAAGAUUAGAGAUGCAUUCGAGUGGGCUUGAAGGACCAAUACCACCACGAAUUUCCACCUUGAGUAGCAUGAAGAUAAUGAGAAUCAGCGAUAUAAGUGGGCCUCAGCAGCCGUUUCCCAUGCUCGCAAACAUGACGAACCUCGUGAUCCUGGUUUUACGAAGUUGUAACUUAUCAGGACAGAUUCAUUCUUACAUUUGGACAAUGUCGAGUCUAGAAAUGUUAGAUGUUAGCUUUAACAGAUUAGUCGGGCAAAUUCCACCAACGAUCAGUUGGAAACGAUUAAGAUACAUUUUUCUCAGUGGCAACAUACUAAGUGGCCCUAUACCGGACUCAAUACUGAAGGAUGGGAUCAGCAUGGAUCUCUCGUACAACAAUUUCACAUGGCAAAGCUCUGGGCAACCUGUUUGUCAAGAACAAAUGAAUCUGAACUUAAAUUUGUUCAGGAGCUCUUCACCACUUAAUAACUUAAGUCGAGUUGUUCCGUGCUUGGACAAUUUCCGCUGCCCAAGUUAUUCGAGUUGUUUGCACGUAAAUUGUGGCGGAGAAGACACUGAGGGCAAGGAUUACAAACGACGAUUUCUGUACCAAGGAGAUGGAGAUGUGGGAGGUGGAACUGCAAGGUAUCACUUAAAUCGAGAUCAAUACUGGGGAUUUAGUAGCACUGGAGACUUUAUGGAUGACAAUGAUUUCCAAAAUCUGCGCUACACUGUGUCUCUUCAGUCACCGAACCCAAAUCUGACCAAUUUGCAAUCGACAGUUCGGAGAUCUCCAAUUUCCCUUAGCUACUUUCACUAUUGCUUGGAGAAUGGAAACUACACCGUGACUCUACACUUUGCAGAGAUCGAGUUUACGAACGACAGAACAUACAGUAGCCUUGGCAGGCGCGUGUUUGAUAUCUAUGUUCAGGACAAGUUAGUUAAAAAGGACUUUGACAUCGAGGUGGCGGCUGGUGGGGCCCAGAAGCCGACGGUACAGAUAUAUAAUGUUACUCUGAUGGAUAACAUUUUGGAUGUUCGCCUUUACUGGGCGGGCAAAGGAACAACAAGAAUUCCUAGGAGGGGUGUUUAUGGGCCCCUCAUUUCAGCUAUUUCUGUAGUUUCCGAUACCAAAGUUUGUCCAAGCGGUCGGAAAGGAAGUACUGUCCGUAUUGUUAUCGGCAUUGGAGUGGGUGCAUUUUCCCUUGUCUUCGUGUUGCUCUCAUUUCUUUGGUGGAAGUACUGCUCCCGAAGAAAUGCUGCAUUAGAAAAAGGGAUGCUAGGAUUAGAACAACAGACAGUGCUAUUCACGUUAAAACACAUGAAGGUCGCAACUGAUGACUUCAACCCAGCGAAGAAGAUUGGAGAAGGAGGGUUUGGUCCCGUCUACAAGGGUCAAUUAAAUGACGGUACUGUGAUAGCGGUGAAGCAGCAUUCACCUAAAUCUGGACAGGGAAACCGUGAAUUUCUCAACGAGAUCGGAAUAAUUUCUUGCCUUCAACACCCAAAUCUUGUCAAGCUUUAUGGAUGCUGCAUCGAAGGAGAUCAACUGUUACUGGUCUACGAAUAUAUGGAGAACAAUAGCCUUGCUCGUGCAUUGUUCGGCCCAGGAAACUAUCGGCUUCAUCUGGAUUGGUCCACAAGGUGUAACAUCUGUAUUGGCAAUGCUAAAGGUCUUUGCUUUCUUCAUGAUGAAUCUGAGCUCAAGAUUGUGCAUAGAGAUAUCAAAGCUACUAAUGUGCUCCUUGAUCGAGACUUGAACCCGAAGAUCUCAGACUUUGGGUUGGCGAGGCUUGAUGAAAAAGAGAAGACCCAUAUCAGUACACGAGUUGCUGGAACCAUAGGAUAUAUGGCACCGGAAUACGCUUUAUGGGGUUACCUCACCGAUAAGGCUGAUGUAUAUAGCUUCGGAGUCGUGGCCCUGGAAAUUGUUUGUGGAAAGAGCAACAACAGUUUUGUGCCGAGUGCUGAUUGCAUAUGUCUCUUAGAUUGGGCCUGCCAGAAACUGCACAAUGGGAGCUUAAUGGAAAUUAUUGAUGAGAAUCUGACGCUCGGUGUAAACCCAGAAGAAGUUGAGAAGGUCAUCGAGGUGGCGGUCCUGUGCACAAAUGCGUCUCCAUCACUUAGGCCUACAAUGUCUGAGGUCGUGAGGAUGCUGGAGGGGGAAAUUUCCAUCCCUGAUGUGAUUCCUGAGCCUGCCAACUACCGUGAAGAUUUAAGGUUUAAGGCAAUGAGGGACCUCCAGAAACACCAGAGAAAUCAGAACUACAGUAGAAACCAAAGCCACAUGCAGAACUCUCUUACAUCUGGGUCUUCCUCUGCAUAUAGCCAAGAGUUCUUAGAAAUCAGUCCCGAGUCGAGGCAGUAAUGAGCCUAUUAUGCAGAAGUCAUGUUCGACCAGGUCUAGAAGGAGAGUCCACUGAAUGAGAUCAAUCACAAUGAGUUGAAUGAUAUGAAUGUCUGCCUGACCCCUUGACCUAAAGCAAUCGUAUUUACAUGGGGCAAGGUUAUCCUUUUCCUUUUGGCCCUCUGGAUCAUGAAUUUGAAACUCGUGGCGUAAGCCUGAUAAACUCGUCUACGUAGCUUCUAUAGAUCUGAAAGAAACACAUUUUGGAAUGUCAUAUUGUACAGACCAUGUAUUCCUUUGAUAUAUAAGUUUGUUCAAAUGGGUAAAUAAAAUGAACGGUCUACUUUGCAUAGUGCUCUGCAAACUAAUGAUCUUCUAGACAUUUGGCAAAAUAAGGUUCUUCUAGACAUGCUAGAUCGAUUUCUCUGUUGUGUAAAUUGAUAUAUGCAAUCGAAACUUGUAUGUUUUUUGA